CCAAGGCAUUCAAUAAUCCAUCCGAUUGAGAACGCCCCGCUGGAGAUUCGUUUCAGCAGAUACUCGUGGCACAGAUGUUUGCACCAGCAGACACACCCGAACGCGUCUGGUAGCUAGCUUGCAACUCUCGUCCUUUCUCGGGAGGAUACACGUCUCCUGAGUGACUACCAGUCGCUGUUACAGUGGUACUUUGACGUCGAUUCGUCUGAUAUCCUCCUGUUUAUCGUAGGGGAAGUGUUUCUUCAUGGUGUCUUUGGUUUAAGGCCGUCAUAAUAUCAAGAUAUGUGUUUUUUUCUUUUUUUUUUCGAAAUCUGCAGCUGCGCAUUCGAGUAGGCACCACGUGAUAAUCUGUUGCCUGUUGGUGAUCAGUCAGUAGUUGUUCUUUCAAAUGCAGGACCGAAUUGCCAGAAUCAUUCUAACAUCUGCCUUCAACGCGGCGGUUCAAAUUCUAAGAUGGACGACAUGCACCCGACCCGAGUAGUAUAUGGACGAAGAGAGUUCAACACCAGAGGCAGCAGAUCCAUGAUGGAUCUGAAUGACGUGCAAGGGAGUAGGCCGCCUCCAAAACGGCCCGAUAAUAAGAUUAAUUACAGGAAAAAAGACAACAGACAAAGGAAUGAUCACACACCUCACCCAAGAAAUAAUUACCAACACCCACAUGAAGUACCUGAUCCAAGGUUUCGUCAUGAUCAGCAUGAAAGAUUUCCCCAUGAUUACCAUCAAGGACACCCCGAAAGAUAUGGCCCACAUAAUCCACAUUUCGACCCUACGAACAACCAUCAUUUCAAUUCUGGUCCUUGGAACCCUCAUCCGGCAAACCAUUUCAAUUCUGGUCCUUGGAACCCUCGUCCGGCAAACCAUUUCAAUUCUGGUCCUUGGAACCCUCGUCCGGCAAACCAUUUCAAUUCUGGUCCUUGGAACCCUCGUCCGGCAAACCAUUUCAAUUCUGGUCCUGUGUACCCUCACCCACCAAACCAUCCCAGAGACGCCAGAGAUGCACCAACUCAUCACCAUCCCAGAGUAUACGAAAGGGACCGGGGGGACUCCAGGCAGCACCCAUCAGGAUACCCUAACAGGAGUGGUAGAGCAUAUGAUUCCUACGAGGAAUCAGACCAAGGGUAUCCAAAGGACAUUAUAGACAUUUUGGUCAAAGAGCUGUCUUACAAGAACACUUUAUAUGAUACUGUUCACAACAUUGUACGCAAUAUAAGUGUCCCUCCACGUGUUGUAUUAACAACAGCCGAGUCAAGGAAAGACAUUUUUACAAUAAAUGAAAACUACCAAAACAAAAUCUUGAGACUUGAUCCAAAACUAGUUCUCUGCUUGAAGCAUUAUUCAGCCAAUGGCUGCAGCUCAUCAAAUUGUACUGACCUCCACAUAUGCAGGAAUCACAUACAUGGUAGGUGCAAGUCAAAAGAGCCUUGUUUCCACGGGCAUGGAGUCAAAACUAACCACAACAAUACUACUUUUUACAAUCUUCAUGUGAGCUGCUUAAGUGACGAGUGCUUGCUCCGAGUUAUAAGAAAUUCUUGUAAAUUUGUAGACUAUCUCGAAGUAUGCCAUCACUACAACACAGAGAAUGGAUGUAAAUAUACAAGAUGUCGGAAGUUGCACAUUUGUAGGAAAUUUGUGACAGACAUAAAUAGCUGCACACGAUGUCGUCUGAAUCAUGAUGUACUUGAUAAACAGUGCCUUGGGCUACUUGAAUUUCAUGGAGUGCCUACAAAUGAAACCCCACGAGAUAUAUUAAAGCAAAUCAGAUCCCUCUCAGAAUUGCAAACAACCUCCACAAAAGAAAGUACAGACCAAAUGAAACAGAAGAAGCCUGAUCCUAAAAUAAAUGCAAAAACAUACAAAUCAACGGACAUUUACGGAGAUGUGAAAAUAACAGAGAUAUGUGUACAUUCAAUAGAACAAAACUGUCAAGACUAUCAGAAUGGUUGCAAGUACCUACAUUCAAAGAAUCCUUUCCACUGGCAAGUUAGCAGUAAUGGAAGAUGGUAUAAUAUUCCUAUUUUUCAAACCAAGGCCCUGGAAGAUGCCUUCUGUCAAGUUUCGAAAUCCUCUGGUGCCAUGUCAGGUCUAGGCAAAUCAUGCACUCAAGAGUUAAUCGAGGUGCUAGGUACUGAUCCUUGGGAAGCAGAUUUUAUAAGUAUGAAAUUAAGAAAUACUAAAAAUGAUAAAGAACUGACCAUCCGUAGAUUAUCAACACCCUCAUCUUUAGUUAAAGACACCCAAAAUGCCACAGUCUUUCAAUGGUACUUCAAAGAUGAACAAGACAAAUGGAUUAAAUAUGGUGAUGCAGACAGUCUCAACAGAAAAGACAUGACUUCCAGUAUUACAAGUAAUGAUAUUGAGGAACAGUUUUUGAAAAGGCCGAAGUCACCCGUUUCAUUUAGUAACAGUCAGUAUCAGUACACCAUUGAUUUUUCUAAAAUGGUCCAAGUGAACGAAACAACAAAGAAAGUGAGGGAAGUAAGGCGUCGUCCAACACACCCUGUGAAAAACGCCGGUGGAGACGAGGAGGAGAAGAAGAAGAAGCCAGGUCAAAAGCCAGAUCAAGAGACUCGGAGCAGAAAUGUUCCGAGUCACUGGAAAAAAAUGGAUCACGGUUCCAUUCACGCACUAGUGCCUCUUGAUUCCAGCAGCGACGAAUAUCGCGAGGUCGCAGAUCGCUUAUUUAUCACCAUGCCAACUGCCAACAUCCAGUCUAUACAGAGACUCCAAAACCCUUACCUAUGGGAUUCAUUCCAGUCCAGGAAGGAAUAUUUGACACAGCGAGACUGCAAAGACCACUUGCAUGUAAACAAACUUUUCUACGGCAUGGAUGAACAAGAGCUGGACACCAUUUGCUUGGGAAACAUCGACUGGCGAAGGCAGGGAACUAGCGAUAUGAAUUAUGGGCAAGGAACCUAUUUCUCUAACAGCGCGGCUGUAGCUCUCCAAAACAGUACCGAGAAUGCCAGUGGCCACAAAUACAUGAUUUUAGCCACCGUUAUCAUAGGUGAAAUUGUGAAAGGCGAUCCCUCUUGGACGCGGCCACCGUUGGAUGCGUCAAGAAACGUUCCCUACGAUACAGCUGUGGACAACAUGGCUGCCCCGACAUUUUUCGUCAAAUUUGAGAGCAAUGAAUACUACCCAUGCCAUGUUAUACAGUUACGGACUUCCACAUGACUUGAUGGCAAAUUUAAAAUGACGUGAAGUAGAUCUGGCACACUGAUGUGUGUGUGUAUCUGUGUGAUAUUAACUUUUAGUAAUCAGUUUGCUAAACAUUUUAUCGACUUUAUUUUUCAUUGUUACUCAAUCAUUGUAGAAGAUAUUGAUUUAGUAACAAUCAGUGUUUACAAUUUCUAUGAAGUUUUGUUGUAUAUUAACAAUAAAAAAAUUCCAGUAACCGAUAUGUAAAAUGUA